UCCGAAGCCGAGGCCAUGGCGCCACGCCCCUUGUCCCGGGUCUUAGAAGGGCAAAGAAGGGGCGCAGGGACAGCCACGUGGGGGCGGUCCUUCCUCCGUGGGCUGUGGUUCCCGAGUCCGGGAGCGCAUUUGCGAGGGGACGGGAAACAGGGCAGCCUCUCCCGUCCCCCAGGCUCUGCCCCGCGGCGGGCCCGGCAGCGCGGCGCGGUUCCUUCAAGCCCCGCGGGCGCAGCGCGGGGUCCCUGUCCCGGCGGCGCCGGCCCGGGCUCCGGCGAGCUCGCCAAGUACGGGCUGCCCGGGGUGGCGCAGCUCAAGAGCCGGGAGUCCUACGUGCUGUGCUACGACCCGCGCACCCGCGGCGCGCUCUGGGUGGUCGAGCAGCUGCGGCCCGAGCGGCUCCGGGGCGGCGGUGACCGCGGCGCCUGCGACUUCCGCGAGGACGACUCGGUGCACGCGUACCACCGCGCCACCAACGCCGACUUCCGCGGCAGCGGCUUCGACCGCGGCCACCUCGCCGCCGCCGCCAACCACCGCUGGAGCCAGAAGGCCAUGGACGACACCUUCUACCUGAGCAACGUCGCGCCGCAGGUGCCGCACCUCAACCAGCAUGCCUGGAACAACCUGGAGAAGUACAGCCGCAGCCUGACGCGCAGCUACCAGAACGUCUACGUGUGCACUGGGCCGCUCUUCCUGCCUAGGACGGAGGCCGACGGGAAGUCCUACGUGAAGUACCAGGUCAUCGGCAGGAACCACGUGGCGGUGCCCACGCACUUCUUCAAGGUGCUGAUCCUGGAGGCGGCGGGCGGGCAGAUCGAGCUCCGCUCCUACGUGAUGCCCAAUGCGCCCGUGGACGAGGCGAUCCCGCUCGAGCGCUUCCUGGUGCCCAUUGAGAGCAUCGAACGGGCCUCGGGGCUGCUCUUUGUGCCCAACAUCCUGGCACGGGCGGGCAACGUCAAGGCCAUCACUGCCGGCAGCAAGGGAGGCGCAGGCCGAGACUGAGGGUGGGGCUGCAGCGCAUUAAAGGUGGUGAUUUUUGGA